CCUUUUCCGCUCUCUUUUCGUUGAGGCUCAGCUAACGGCCGGGUGGGUACACGUUUGGUCCGGGACAUAUUAUGCGAUAUUAAGUCAAAUAUAUGUUGUAGAAUAUGAUUGAAACAUUUUAUCUCUUCUGUGUUUCGGAAGUUACCGCCUGUUAUUCAAUAGUGACCCAGCUGUAGGGCAGAAAAUAACGUAUUAGUUGUUUUAGCAGCGUGCUAACCUCCCGCAUGUGGCGAGGCCCAGCAGUCCUCUAAUGCUAACACUAACUAGGCUAACAUCUCUAGCCCAAAAAUCUUUAGAAACCUAUAACAGAAGUCAAGAGAAAGUAUAAUAUUGUCAUUUUGUCCUUUCAGAAGUUGUGUGGGACACUCCUGGUCUCAUAAUUUCAGAGCUGUCAGGUAUUAAGAGCGUGUUAGCUGUAGCUGUGGUGCGGUGUUUCAGCUAACAGCGGUAUUUUCCUAUUCCAGCCUGCAAACAUGCAGAUCUUCGUGAAGACAUUGACGGGGAAAACCAUCACCCUUGAGGUUGAGCCCAGCGAUACUAUUGAAAAUGUCAAAGCAAAGAUUCAAGACAAGGAGGGUAAGCUGUCACAUAACUUGAGUGUAACUGUCAAAAAGAGUUCAGACAGGAAAGACACAGAGGUCCAGAUUUUAGAUAACUAUCAGAUGCUGUAAAGUGGGUUUUAUUUUAUGUCUUCAUGUGUUGUUUCAGUAUAAAUCAACCCAUUACAAGAGCUGUACUGUAUAUUCUACUUUCUCUUAUGUGACUGUAUGACUGGUUGGUUAAAAUUGUGUGUUUUAUAAGUUUUGUUUUGUUUGCAGGAAUUCCUCCCGAUCAGCAGCGUCUGAUCUUUGCUGGCAAACAGUUGGAGGAUGGACGCACACUGUCCGACUACAACAUCCAGAAAGGUAACAGUAUACUCUAAACACAGCUUUGAUGUACUGACUGUCCUAACGCAGACAUCCUCCGUGAUAAGAAACAAAGCAGUGUUUUGUGGUGACAUGCUCCCUGAAUAGAGUGGCAUCCAUCCUGCUGCUGUUUGUGUAUUUGUAAGAAGACUCCUUCAACAACCCUUUCAGCAGUUUUCCUGUCCUGUACAGAUGUUUUCUGAAGCAUUCAGAGGAAUAUUCACAACAUAAUAAAGAAGCACACUAACUUGUUUGAGUCGCUUUUACAUCUCCCAUCGACUGUGCUAGAGUGCACUUAAAAUGUGCCUCUUGGAGACUACAUCUUCAAGUGGACUCAAGAACAGUACCUUAAAUUAGUACAGUUGUUAUCACUGAUCCAAUGAACCAGGGUUGGUGUCAGGCGCAUUGGCUGAAACUUUGAUUCGUCCUAGUAAACCCCAGCUUUAAACUUUUGUAAAACACUUAAUAAAUAGGAACAAUUUAGAAAGAAACAGCUCACUAUCAGGUUGCAUGUGGAUGUAACUGAACUUUGGGUCGACUCUAACGUCUUGAUUUCUCUCCAGAAUCCACCCUGCAUCUGGUUCUGCGUCUGCGUGGUGGUAUCAUCGAGCCUUCACUCAGACAGCUGGCCCAGAAAUACAACUGCGACAAGAUGAUCUGCCGCAAGUAAGUUAAGACUUUCAUAGCAACCAGCUGUUUGAAUAAUUUUGUGGAGCUCUGCUGUCAUUGGCUGAGCUGGUGAUUUGACAUGAAGAUGAGGAGCCUCUUAAUGGUACCAAAGUGUGGGUUUAGUUAACUAUGAAUAAGAGGUGACAAACAAGAUUUGCUGUAUCACUUACUGACAGGUGUGGUGGUGCCCUAUACUGUCAUUCUUUUGAAUAAUAUACAUUACGGAAAGAGUUUUCAGCCUUUCACCAGUGAUCAGAAAUUUGGGAUGUACAUUUCUUGUGCCCUAAACCUUAAUCUAAAGUUAGGAAGAAAUGUUCAUAUAUGUUUAAAAAUUUUAAGGACUUAUUUGUAAAUCCAAAAAGGUUGACCUCAGUUUACCAUUCAAUUUGCAGGUGCUACGCUCGUCUGCACCCCCGUGCCGUCAACUGCCGCAAGAAGAAGUGUGGACACACCAACAACCUUCGCCCCAAGAAGAAGCUGAAGUAGACAUUUUACAAAAUCGGCUGUUUAAGCCAACUUGUGCUAAAAUAAAUGUAAGAAAAUGAUCCAGUCUGUCUGGUCUGUGUUAUUCAGCAGCACAUUACAUUUUUGGUGUGACAUAAUCUCCUUUUGUGCAAUACACGCUCAGCUGGUGCAGAUUAUAACAGAAGCAGAAAGACUGCCAAACAGUUGAAGUUAUUGUUUGACAGGGUUUCCCAAACUAAAAUAUCUAAAUAAGACUUGGGCAAGUAGAUUUACAGCAGUAAACCUUAUGGUUGGCUCUGGUUUAAAAACCAAACACUGGGCCCACACCAAAACCUGACCAGCUUGGUGUCUGUUUGUACUGGUUGGCCAUGUUUUCAGCUGAAUUUGGCACACGAGGCGGUGUUAGUCUGAGUCAACAGGACUGUGCAGCAGAAAGAAAAACAGGCCUUUCUCGCAUGAUUAAGAAUACAGACUAAAGUACAUUUGACAUGAUAGUGCUUGAAGCAAAGAGCAAAAGAGACAGCUGCCUCUGCAGUCACAAAAACUUAAGAUAUCCUACAACAUAUCACCGAUAAUAAGCAACUUAAAAUUUAAUUGGAAUCCUGCAAGAUUUUGACUAUUGCACCCACAGCCUAUUGGACAGUCAACUUGAUCUGCAGUGAUUUUCAGUCGGCACGGGAUACCAGAUAGACAAUUUAAAUACAAAGAUGUAGGACACACAUAAUGCAUAAUACCAGUUUUCUUUUUUACACAAACACCACAGCUGUGACUUUGCAUGACAGGUUUUUAAUGUUAAACAGAUCUGUACAAAUAUAAGGAAUUCAUCUCACAUUGUCAUAUCCUACAGACGCCUGCUCUUUGAUUCAGUGGUUCUGUUGAAACAAAAGAAACCUGGGCCUCUAACUCACAAACACUAGUGAAUGUUUUCACUACUUCAUGAAAACUAGCCUGAACUCUACUGACUGACAAGUUCUGAGGUAUUGAGUCUUGCUUCAAGGUCAGAUGUCGUCCACACAGAUCAAAAAGCAUUUAAAAUCAAGCUAAAUCACAGAAUCUAAUGGAGAUAAUAAUCAUACAGAAAUAGUUUAUUCCAGUUUACAGUUGUGUAUCUUUGGUUUUGCAUUCUCCAAUACAUGAAACCAAGUGUUAAAAAAAUGUCUUCUUUUUUAAGCUUUCGUGGGUCAUCUCCUACAUUUCUCAAAGUUUUUUAAUCGCUCCCUAACAUCCAAACACACAAAUGAGAGAAACAAGAUUCAAACUGACCCAUCAAGAGAACAAAUUCGAGACUAAAGUGUAAAUUUUAUUUUGCCCAAUAUUCCUGAAUAAACAGUAUAUGUUGUAUUUCUCAUUUCAACUGUUACAGGCACCCGAUGAUACUUUAUACAUUUUAUUAAAUCAAACACAGCUGAUCAGAUAGUGUACCUAUACCAUGUUUUUAGAACAAUAACGCCACAAGUAAUUGAUCCUAGAUAGAAAAAAUAAGCUUGGGGCUACUUAUAAAAGACUAUCCCUGCCCCAAUUGGAGCCUAUAGAGGAACUAAAUGGUCUUUUUUCAGGAUUUUUUUGUAUGACAUACUCUGGAGUAAGGCUGCUGGAAAGCAAAAAGUGUUUCUGUCAUGGUGAGGAACUCAUGCUGGAGCGCUGACAGCCUCUGCAUUGCCUUCAUGCUUGAAAAACGCCGGUAGCAAUCUGUUAUAAUCUAGUGAAUCUGUGAAACGAUUGAUUACGAGCAGGCUUUACAGAUCUCUCAUUACCUAUGAAUUACUUUUAUCAAAUAUAAACAGGCAUCUAUGCUAGUCUUUUAUUGCUAAUUCUGUGGUGUCACACGUAGCAGCUGAUAUCAGAGCUCCCAGGCUGUGUAGUAACUUUGAAAACAAUGAAGUCUAAAUGAUAAACCCUUUACAGAGACAUGAUGCCGUAACAUUAUUACUACAACUAUCGUCUAAGCUUGUUGAACUACAGAGGUGAUAUUAUUUUGGCCUGAAAAUCCAACUUACACUAUAGAGGAGACGGGUAUUAAAUACACCAUCAGCUGGAAAAGUCACAACCUGUUCAGGGAAAUACUGCUAACUGCAAAAGCGAAUUGCCAUAAUUUGCGGCGAUCACAUUAUCAGAUAGAUUUCUUUUAAUCAAAAGUUUUCAUAAUGAUCUGUUGAAAUCAUAUUUUGACAUGUAAUCAUGAUCCUAGCUGGUAGAGCAUCAUCAGCCGAAAAAAAGCACCUUAAUAUUCCCUACAGAACUGUCAUAAGAAGAAAUCAAUAACUCAUCAGGGGUGAGAAGUUAAGAUCAAUAGUUACUGUGCAUCUGAGGUUCACAUACAAAGCUAACGCACAAGUCAAUUUAGUACCGACAACAUAGUACUAAAACUACUGCAGUUGUGCUUUUUGACUCGAGCAGUCUCAGGUUGCACACACUUGCGCACACACACACACACGCGCACACACACACACACACACACACACACACACACACACACACACACACACACACACACACACACACACACACACACACACACACACACACACACGCAGCUUCACAUUUCUUGGCAGGUUUGGGGCUUCUGCAGAGCUCAUGCAGUGCUCUCAUUGUGAUCUAUGCUCUGCAGCUUCUCUGAGCCUCCCUUAAGGGUUAUUGUUCCUGUUACGGUAAAAUUAUAGUGUCAGAAAAAAGAGGUACAUAAAGUGGAACUGCAUCAUUUUGUGAACACUGACAAAUGUAAACAAAAUAAAACUUGGCACAAACAUUGAGUGCAAUUUCAAAUUAAAUUCAAAAGAAUCAGGGCGGGAAAGCAGUGUCUUUGUCUGCAGGCCACAGCAACACAUCCAAAUCUGUCCUUCACAUGCUGAUCUACCUGUCAAUGUGGCGUUUAGCAGUGAUCUGGCCUUAAGCCAUCGUUGAUUUCCCUCCCUGACUGUGAGUGAAACCCAUCAAUGAACAUGAAUAAUAGAAUAAGUGGUAGGAAAGAGCGAUCCUCGUUAAACAAAAAAUUAAAUGUUUGUACGCUGGCGAUCUGAGCAGGUUGUUGCAUCUCUGAGUUUGUGGAUGUUCGGACUUCUGUGACGCCAGUCCAGGUGUUAAAGGAAGGAUAACACCGACAUGAACUUGAGGUUGUUACUGUGUAAAAUCAGACAUUUUACUUGCUUAUCAUGUGUGUACAGCCUGUGAGACCUACACCACUAUGAAGAAAAGCCUCAUCCAUACAGGAAUAUCGGAGUAUGUCGGCCUCAGGCUACAUGUGAGUUGAAGCCAAACUGCAGUGAAAAACACAUUUAAGGAGAAUUGCUUUGUUGUGUCUUUAAAGUCUUAAAAUCUGACAAACAUCAGGUAAAGUAUUGGUUUUUUGGAGUGUUUAGAGAGCUAUACACCCAUAAAACUUCCUUAUUUACUUCCUGCUGUUACUGGACUGUAGUUUAAUUGUCUGAGCUCAGACCCCGUUAAAUGGUUGAGACCUCCAGCUCAGCAGGAAAGUACAGCUUCAGAGCCUUUUAUUAACACUGUGAGGCCAUUGCCUUUUAUUUGUUCCCUCUUAAAUAUAUCGAGGGCAUGUAUUCAGACAAGUAGACUGUGUUUAGUGAAGAAAAACAAACAGAAAACCUUUAGCUAUUCGUUUAAAAUGUCCACUUUUACAAAAUAACAACCUCAUACUGCAUUUGGUGCAAGUCCUUUUCUCAUUGUUUACUGUGUAUUAUUUGCAAGUGGUGGCCUCAGGUCUGCGAGACAUCAGUAUAAAAACCAUAAACAUUAUUUAUGACCAUCUCUGGAAAGACUAUCUGCCUCUGGCAUCAAGUUGGUUUAAAGAAUACACUGAUGAGUUGCUAUGGUACAGAAAAGAGGAGGAGGGCGCUGUUGCUCCAGAGCAAAUUAAUCAGCAGCUUUCAGAGUUUCUGGUGAUGGUAGAUAAAGAAAAUCAGGUCCAAAAAUCUCUUUGUUGUUAAAGUUAAAGGGCAUGCCGCUGCUGAGAACUAUGUUUAAUACAAACAAGGAGCAGUUGCUAAAUGACCCAUCCUGUGCACUGUUGAGAUAACCAAAGUCGCAGUUAUGAAGUGAUAGUGAUUUGUUCUGCAGACAGCUUCUUUGAGGAGUUACUGACACCUGCUGUCUGCCAGCACUGAUCUUAAAAAACAGAUCUAUGAAGGUAAACUCUUCAGUAUUGCUUUGAUUUCUGAUCAGCUCUAACACCAGGACAAUACUACAGGAGUGCAACCAGUGCUGACUGUGAAGACGCAGCCUGAAUGCUGCUGUUGAUGCCGCUACCACUACUUGUCGAUGAGUUUCGCCAGGCUCUGUUUCAGGUCUCUCAAGUCGCAGAUUUUGACAUCCAGGACCUCGAUAACUCGUCUGACCUCGCCCUCCGCCUGCUCACGCUCCUCACAGCUGGAGGCGAGCGUCUUUUCUGCACUCUGAACCUGAUCCUCCAACUCAUUGUUUCGUCUCUCCAGAUCCUGAAAACAGAAGGUAAAGCAGAUAUUUCAACUUGAUGUAUUUCAGAAUUGUGAAAACAGCGUGAACAACCAGAGCAAGUCAGGCAUUUUGCUUGAAGGCAUUUGGACCGUUCUGCAGGAAUAAACAAUAACAGCUCAGUUUUUAUUGUCUGCAAAUGCUCAGUAGCAUUGUGUGGCUGAUGACUGUAAUAAAAUUGGUAAGUUUGUGUCUGGCUUAUUUGUUUUACACAAUGGCUCCCCUGUUGGUUAUUUUGAACGAGGGCCAAUUCAUGCAAACAACACAAAGGCAAAGGCAAAAACAAUCACCACUGAAAGUUCUUCUAUAAUGUUACCUUAAGAAAUGUUUUAAUAAAUUGAGGAGGGUCGCAAGAGUUCUAUCUUCUGUGCAGAUUUUAAUUUGCUAAUAGUGAUACUAGAGUUAAUUAGUGGAGUUAAAACAAGCCCUGUUCUGAAUAAUGUUUUGGUUCAGCUGAAUGGCUGUUAGUGAAACAGGCUGCAUACAUGGUGUGAGCUGAUUUUAAAGGUACAGUGUGUAAAAAACAAUGAGCUUAUGCAGUCACUUUGGUGUUUUACCCAGUUUAAACUUCUUGUGCUAUUUUACUUUACUCUUAUUUUUAUUUGUCUUUAAUUCACUCAUAUUUACUUAUUUGUCUCUCUAUGCUGACUUUCUUCAAUGAACUGACAAGUUAUUGUUUUUUGUCUUACUGAUGUCCUGUAUGUGUAUAAUUUGACAAUAUAAUUUUGCUUUUAAUUGAUAGGACAGCUAAAGAGGGACAGGAAAUGUGAGAAAUAAGGAGUAGAGGUAAACAUGCAGCAAAGGGUCAAGGCAAGGAGAUAUUAACAAUUUAGUCCUACAGUAAAAGGAAGUGCAACCAGCCUCUGCACACUGGGUCCACUUCAGCUGCUAAGCCAUCAGUGCAGCUAUUUAUAUAAUUUGUUUGUACUAAAACUGAGGUCAACAAAGUAUUUUCAGAAACUUAUUUUGUUUUCUUUAACUUAAAUGAGCCUUUUAUAACUACAUAAGCGCUGGUCCUCUUCUAAGGAUGUCACUGACAUGUUUCUAUAGGAGCACAAAUAAAGAAUGUGUAUUUGUAUAAAGUGAGUGGUGGCCAGAAAUGCACCAGCUGGAGGGAAAAGAAGAAGAGGAUGGUUGUUGUUGUUGUGCACAUGAGAAUUUGUCUAGAUGGGAGUUUUUGAUAGUAGAAACUUGACAGAUGGAGAAUCACAGUCAAAAGCAGCUUUUGUCCUUGAAGGCCACGCUCACUUCUGGAGUUUUUACGACAAGAGUUGUGAGCAGUAUUUUUUUAUUUCCACACAUUGUACCUUUAAAGCCGAUCCAGUUCUGUAUAUACAGCAAAAAGCCUCCUGCUGUCUAUUGGCUGAUGAUGACUCACUCACAGCGUUUCUGAACUACUUUCUAACUGCAGUUUGUCUGCUCUGAUACAGACUCGACGGGAGCAGUGACAGGAAUACAGAAUAAUUAAAUAGAGAUUCCUGUUCUUAUUUCUGGUGGUCUGGUUUGCUUUACUAAUUCAGAAGUAUGGAGGUAUAAUUUUAAUAAUUUUAAUGUGACCAAAAACUCAGUCAGAUUGAACCUCUUGAAUUGUGAAUUUCACCUGCAGAUGAUCCUCUUGUCCUUUUUAAGUGCUGCUGGUCUUUGUUUUAGACAGCUGCUGUUCGUCUGUUUCUUACAUUAGUUAGGCACUUGUUGGCUUGUCUGGGAUGCUGCAAAUUCAAAUGUGCAACUCAAUGCUGUUUAAGUUUUUCCUGCACCAAUGAAUAGAUUCUGGAGUGAACACAAGGACAGAGAAGGUCACAUAUUAAUUUGCAUCAUUCACAACUGACAGCCCCACUAAAAAUGAUAAAAGACCUCAUAAAGGCUAUGCAAUAUGCAUCAGGUGUAACCUCCAGCAUUAACAUAGAGAAACCAGUGUAAUCUGAGUUUCUCCUUGAAGUCCUCAGUUCACCUGUAGUGUUUCUGUGCUGCAGGUCUGGGACAUGCUGAGACUACAGUGCUUAGUGAGUGUGGGGAAAAACAAACAAAACAAGCAUGUGUUUGUCUUUGUAUUCUGGUAGGUUAGGACUAUGUUUGAUCUCUUUGUAUGUUUAAUGAGGGAGGUCCUUUUCAGCGUAAGAAUUUGUCAAGACAGUUGUACGUCAAAAAUAUUCAAUUUCAGCAAAAAGACACACCUGCAACAUUUCUGCAAUUAAUAUCUGCAAAGACAAACAAACAGUGAAGACUUGAAAAGGAAAAUCCCUGAAGGAGAGUGGUAGUGUGGAGUAGAGUUGUGCUCUGAAUCUGCAGCACAAAUGGCAAACAAAGAUCUCGGUUCUCACUUAAGAAAAAAGCAAUUACCUCCCCCUAUCUCAAUGAAAUAGUCAUUCUUCCUUUUCUUUGAUAUAAUACAAGCUCUACAAGAUGAAGUAAGGAUAGAAAUAUAGGUGAGGAGAGCCAAUUUCUUGCUGAACAAAUUUAUUUAGCAAGAACAAGAAAGCUCCUCUUAUCUUGAAGAGUUGCUGAGGGUGGCUUCAAAGUGUUGCGCUUCUAACUCAUCUUGAGACUUUGGCACCAAACUGUGAGGCAGUUUUUCUCCUCCAAAAUGAUAAUUAUUCAAAAAAUAUAUUACAUUUUGUAAUUUGAAUCACUCCCAGGCUAAUUAGUAGAUACUUCAAAGUUACAAGUAAGGUCAUUACUCAGUGGUAGCUGAACCUGAGGGCCACAAACUAGGAGUACACAAGCAGUGCACAGCUCCGCUUUUGUAGUCGGUCAGCUGCUGAAGGUGGGAGGAGUCAAUGUAACGCUGGUAAUCUCUAUUAUGUGUGAAAUUAUGUUAAAAAAUGUACGACUGUGAAUACUGGCGGCACAAAAUCAUAAAAA